AUGGAACCGACCUUCACUCCAGAUGGCGUAUUCGAGCGUUGCGAUCGAGGAUAUCUAGUCAAUGGGAACGACUUUUUUACACAUUUAAGCUACAAGCGCAUUAAGUGAUUUUUGCCAAGGGUUGAGAAUUAUCUCCAUUUUCGGAAAUGGAAACCAUAGCAACCAUUAUUAUGAUAACAUACAACAUAACGUUAUGAAUUUUCCACAUUAUGCUACUUGCAACAAUUUAGCUUAAAUUAGUCAAUCUCUUUUAAAAAAGAGAUUUAAAUUUUGAAUGAAACUAUUUUUAGUUUUUUUUUUUGAAUUUAUAUUAAAGGAAUGCAACUGUUUCAGGAAAUUUAAAUACAUACAAUCUGAUUCCACAUAUCUAUUCUUUUAUAACUUAUUUUACUAACAUGAUUUCUUCAAAGAACAAUUCUUCAAAAUCUAGUCAUACUCAGACUGCUGCUCCUCAGAACAUUGAAAAUUUUUGCCAAGUUCCUAAAAAGCAAGAUGCUGAAAUGCUCGCUUGUUGACUAUCUUUGCAUCUUAUUUCUACAGCCAGGAAAAAUAAGUAUGUAUUUUUUUUUGGAACCAGAGAAAAAAGAGGUUCAAACUGAUAUAAAAGAUGUCACUAUUGCAUAUGCUGGAUAUGAAACAGAUUCAAUGGUGAAAUUCCUCAGGAAAGUUGCUCCUCUUGUCUGUUCUGUGCUAGAAAAAAAUAUCAAAAGUAAAGCAUUUUAUCGUUACAAAUUAUCAUCUGACACAACUGAUACUACAAUAUCCUGUUUACAUAUGCUUUUAAAGUAUCCCUCUUCUGAAACGGAGUUUUGCUGCAGUAACAUUUCAUGGAAUUCUGUUGGAACUGCUCUUGCUGCUUCAUAUAGUUAUUCAAAUCACAUGAGCUGGUGUGAACAUGAUUCAUGUGUGAAUAUUUGGAGUUUAAAUCGUAAAGACUUUGAUCCUAAGAAACCAAACAUGUCUCUGGAGACAGAUUGCUGCAUAACUUGUAUUAAUUUUCAUCCUGAAUUGCCUGCUAUUAUAGUUGCUGGGAAGUUAAAUGGAUCUUUAUUAUUGUGGGAUAUUUCUAAAGAAGAUGAUCCUUUAUUAAGCUCAACAGAAACAACCACUAGCAAUCAUCGCGAGCCUAUCACAGGGAUUCACUGGAUUCCUCCUUAUGGGAAGCAUAAUAGAUAUGAGUUUGUAAGUUGUAGUUUAGAUGGAAAAAUAUUACUUUGGAAGUUUGAAAAUGGCACUUUGCAGCCAUAUGAUGGCUUUAUUAUUUUAGCAAAGCAAUUGCCGAGAAAUUUCCAGAUUAAGGCUCGCCUAAGCAAUGCAGAAGUUGGAAUAACUUCUUUGUCAAUUAAUGUUGAAGAUAGUUCUAUUUUUAUUAUUGGAAUUGAAGGUGGAGGCAUAUUUCAGUGUUCAUUUGAAUCAAAAGUACCUACUUUAUAUUCUGGUGCAAGUUCUGUAUCCUUGAAAAAUCCCAUAAAUAUGGGAUUUGAGAGACAUAAAGGUCAAGUUACUACAGUACAAUUUUCUCCAUAUUCAAGAAAUAUUUUUUUGAGUGCAGGAAGUGAUGGAGAACUUAGAAUAUACAGUCUGUUGCAGCCUAAGCCAUUGUUAAUCUUGCAACAGCCCUCUGGUGGAAUAAAUGGGGCUCAAUGGUCAACUGUCAGGCCUUUAGUAAUAUAUUGUAUUUGCAACAACGGUCAACUUCAUAUUUGGGACUUGGUUUCGAAUGAGCGAUCCCCUACUGAAUCAUGCUUACUAACAUUAAGUAAUGAUUCAGGAAUAUCUUUAGGGAAUAAUAAGGAAAACCCAGGUUUAUUAGCUACUUGCUGCUCUAAUGGGACUGUGCAAGUUUGGGAAAUAUCAGGAGCUGCAUUAGUUGCAGAGUCAAGUGAAGUUACACAGUUACAAGCACUUUCAAAAACUAUUGAAUAAAUAUAUAUUUUAA